ACACAACCAUAGUGGGAUUUCUAACGUAAACAAACCAAAAUCGGAACUAAAGUGCAAUGAAGGUCUGCUGCAUUGGCGCUGGAUAUGUCGGCGGUCCGACCUGUGCGGUCAUGGCGCUAAAAUGCCCGGACAUCGUGAUAACCCUGGUGGACAAGAGCUCCGAGCGCAUUGCCCAGUGGAAUUCCGAUAAAUUGCCCAUCUACGAGCCCGGCCUGGAUGAUGUGGUCAAGAAGUGUCGCAAUGUGAACCUGUUCUUCUCCACGGACAUCGAGACGGCCAUCAAGGAGGCCGAUCUCAUCUUCAUCUCCGUGAACACGCCCACCAAAACCUGCGGCAGUGGCAAGGGUCGCGCGGCGGACCUCAAGUAUGUGGAGAGUGCAGCGCGAAUGAUUGCCGAGAUCGCCCAGUCCAACAAGAUUGUGGUGGAGAAGAGCACGGUGCCGGUACGUGCGGCGGAGAGCAUCAUGCACAUACUCCGGGCCAACCAGAAGCCAGGCAUCCACUACGACAUCCUGUCCAAUCCGGAGUUUCUGGCCGAGGGCACGGCCAUCAACGACCUCCUGAAUGCCGAUCGCGUUCUCAUCGGUGGGGAGGAGACACCCGAGGGACACAAGGCCGUGGAGAAGCUGUCGUGGAUCUACGAGCACUGGAUACCCAAGCAGCACAUCCUGACCACCAAUACGUGGAGCAGUGAACUGUCCAAGCUGGCGGCGAACGCCUUCCUGGCCCAGCGCAUCUCCAGCAUCAAUUCCCUGUCGGCGGUCUGCGAGGCAACCGGAGCAGAUGUCUCCGAAGUGGCUCGAGCCGUGGGCUUGGACUCCCGCAUCGGAUCCAAGUUCCUGCAGGCGUCGGUCGGCUUCGGGGGCAGCUGCUUCCAGAAGGAUAUCCUGAAUCUGAUUUACAUUUGCGAGAACCUGAAUCUGCCGGAGGUGGCUGCCUACUGGCAGCAGGUGAUCGACAUGAACGAAUACCAAAAACGCCGAUUCUCGCAGAAGAUCAUCGAGAGCUUGUUCAACACGGUGUCCGACAAGCGGAUAGCCAUCCUGGGCUUUGCCUUCAAGAAGAAUACGGGCGAUACCCGUGAAACGGCUGCCAUAACUGUGUGCCAAACCCUGUUGGAGGAGGGAGCCAAGUUGGACAUCUACGAUCCCAAGGUGGAGCCCGAACAGAUUAUCGAUGACCUUACCCAUCCUUCGGUCACGGAGUCGCCGGAGUACGUGAAGGAGGCCGUCCAGAUCCACAGCGAUCCGUACAGUGCGGUGAGAGCCACCCAUGCUCUGGUCAUCUGCACGGAGUGGGACGAGUUUGUGGACCUGGACUUCAAACGCAUCUACCAGUCGAUGAUGAAGCCGGCCUACAUCUUCGACGGUCGCAAGAUCCUCGACCACGAGAGACUGCAGCAGAUCGGCUUCCACGUCCAGACCAUCGGCAAGAAGUACCAACGCGCCGGACUGCUGAGGUCCUGGGGCAUUGUGCCGCAGCUUUAGGCGCAGAGGGGGGCGGCGGUGGUGGCAUUUACACUUAAAGUUGGCGAAAUUUCCAGUAUUUGCGAGACUAAAUUGUAAAUAUCCGUAUCUGAGUGUGUGUAAGAGUGGCUCGAGGGCACGAGUUCUAGACCAAGAAUUUCCUAAUUUUGGAGUGCAAUUCUAAAUUUUUAGUUUAGUUUUCCUGUGAAUUUUGAAUCAUCACUACUUGAAACCCUUGUAUCUAUAACUUAAUUAUAAUAUUAUUGGAAAAUUGCAUAUACAUUUCAUAAACAAUUAACUUAAAGGACGAAUUUGUAAAAGUUUUAAGGAAUAAUUCCAUUAAUUUCGUAUCUUUCUAAAAGUCGAGCCAUUCUAAAGUGUGUGUGUUCAUAUAUAGUUAAAGUAUUCCGCUUGGCAAGUCCGAGGGGAGUCCCCGAAACCGUAUUUGUAUUCCUAUAUCUAUUACCGUGUGGCAAUAUAUACCACCGCAGGACAAUCCUCACCUGCGGGGCUCAAUAAAACAAGCAUUUACACGAGAGCAUGUAAAUUUUAUAAAAAUAA